AUGUCACCAUUAACAGCAGAGAAAGUCGCUGAUUAUUUGCCUUUGGCUGGUAGAAUGCCUGAAAUCUCGGGCCGUAUCAUCAAUGUCACCCAUCAGAUUCCGUUCCACAUCUCAAGAUCAUCCAAUGGCGUUUCAACCAUCGAAAGCGAUGUUCCUGCUCCCACUCCUGAUAAUGGUGAUGAUGCCGCUCCUGCCGUGCCUCCUGGACGUAAGGCCUCUAUUUGGGGUCUCGAAAAGGAAAAGAAAGAAGAGGAUCCAGAGAUUGCCGCUGCUCCUGUCUCCAAGUUGGCUCGUCAUCAUGUUCGUAGUCGUACUUUGCGUGCCAAGUUUCGCGCUGCUGAAUGGACCAUUGUGCAAAACAGAGGCCAUGGUGCUCUUAACGCAGGUCUCCAAAGCUUGAACGAAGAGUACCAAACAUUGCAUAUCGGAUGGACUGGCCCUAUCAAGGAUGAAUCAAAUAAAGUUACUCUCCCUGCAGAAGAUUUGACAGAUGACGAUAGAACCAAGAUCCAAGAUCUCUUGAAGAAGACAGGUAACAUUAUUCCUAUCUUUUUGGAUAGCAAAUCCCGUGGUCACUAUGAAGGUUACUGUAAAGAAGUUCUUUGGCCUUUGUUCCAUUAUCUCGUAUGGACCAACGAUUCCGACGGCAGAUCUGAAAAGCACAAUUGGGAGGAUUACGUUGCGGUGAAUCGUCAAUUUGCCGACACUAUUGCCGCCAACUACCAACCUGGCGAUGUCAUUUUUAUCAACGAUUACCAUUUGCUGUUGGUUCCCGAAAUGUUGAGAGAAAAGAUUCCUGAUGCCCCAAUUGGCCUCUUCCUCCACGCUACUUUCCCUAGUUCUGAGAUCUUCCGUUGUUUGACCACCCGUAAAGAGGUCCUUGAAGGCUUUUUGGGAGCCAAUUUAGUUGGAUUCCAGACCUACUCAUAUGCUAGACAUUUCAUCGGUGCUUGUACUCGUGUGCUCGGUUGCGAAUCAACUCAGACAGGUGUAAAUGUCAAUGGCCAUAUCGUCUCCGUUGGAACUUUCCCCAUUGGUAUUGAUGCUAACCGUGUUGAUCAAUUCCGCAAGGAGCCUGCUGUUGCUCCCAAGAUGAAGGCUAUUCGCGACAUGUAUGUGGGUAAGAAGAUUAUCAUUGGUCGUGACAAGUUGGAUUCUACAAAGGGGGUUCUUCAAAAGUUGCACGCAUUCGAAAAGUUCUUGACUGAUUACCCUGAAUGGCGUAAGGAAGUUGUCUUGAUUCAAGUGACUACACCUACUUAUGGCGAUAACUCCAAGCUGGAGGCCAAGGUGUCUGAAAUGGUGAGCCAUAUUAACUCAAAGUUCGGCAGUCUCGAGUUCUCUCCCUGUCAUCAUUACUACCAAGAUGUAGAUCGCGAUGAAUACUACGCCCUGUUGUCCGUUGCAGAUGUUGGUUUAAUCACCAGCUUGAGAGAUGGUAUGAACACCACCUCUUUGGAAUACAUUAUCUGUCAACAAGAGACUCACGGCCCUCUCAUCUUGUCUGAAUUCACUGGUACUGCUGGCUCCUUGAGCGCUGCUCUGAUUGUCAAUCCUUUCGACUAUGCCGGUGUUGCUAAAGCUUUGAACGAGGCCUUGCUGAUGGGUCCUGAAGACAAGUUGACUCGUCACACCCAACUCUUCAACUAUGUCAAGGAGCACUCUGCUGCCUUCUGGGCCAAGUCUUUCGUGAAGCAAUUGGUUGAAAGUACGAAGAACUUUUCUCUCCAAUCUCAAUCCACUCCUGCUUUGAACACUGAGCAAUUCAUGGACAACUACAAGAAAGCCAACAAGCGUCUCAUGUUCUUUGAUUAUGACGGUACCCUGACUCCUAUUGUUUCUGUUCCUACGGAUGCCAAACCCUUCCCUGAAAUGUUGGAGUACAUUCAAGAUCUGUGCAAUGAUCCUCGCAAUGAAGUGUGGGUCGUCUCUGGCCGUGAUCAAGCUUGUCUUGAAGACUGGCUCGGUGGUAUCAAGAACCUCGGUUUGAGUGCCGAACAUGGUUGUUUCCUCAAGGCUGCUGGAUCCGAUAUCUGGACAAACGUGUUGGAGAAUAUUGAUAUGAGCUGGAAGAAGGAUGUCACAGAAAUCUUUGAUUAUUAUACCGAGCGUACCGAAGGUAGCUUUGUCGAGCACAAAAAGUCAUCCAUUACCUGGCACUAUCGUAUGGCUGAUGAAGAAUAUGGUUUGUUCCAAGCCAAGGAAUGUCAAAACCAUUUGGAGAGCUCUGUUGUUUCCAAGAUGCCGGUUGAGAUUUUGGUCGGUAAGAAGAAUUUGGAGGUUCGUCCCAUGAUGAUCAAUAAGGGUGAAAUUGUAAAGAAGAUCUUGGCUCAAUCCCCUGAAUCUGACUUUAUUGUGUGUGCUGGUGAUGACAAGACCGAUGAAGACAUGUUCCGCACUCUGUCUGCCACCUUUUUCGCCCAAUAUCAAGACAAACUCGCUACUGAAGGAGCUUCUGCAAAGUCAUGGAGUGAUACCAAAUCGAAUCUCUACACAAUAACUGUUGGGCCCACCAUGAAGAAGAGUAUGGCAAAUUGGCAAGUCGAGACACCUACUGAGAUUAUUCAGCUUCUCGGUAAGAUGGCAAAAACUGAUAAGCAACAAUAA